AUGUCGGUUAUCGGCAAUAAUACUUUUUAUAAUAUUUACUUUACACUAGUUAAGUCCGAUAAGGAGACGUGCCGGCGGACAGACCCUCAGUACUUGCUCGGUAAUUAG